AUCACAAUCGACAUUUUGAAAGUAAUCAAACGGCACCACAUAAAUAUGCUAUUUAAAGAUCAAAAAAUUGGUGAUCUUGUGGUGUUCGAAGAAAGUUUAAUAGAAUGGCGUUUAGGAUUAUCCUUGUUUGUGGACGAAGAGGGUAGUGAAUGUACCUCUUUAAAAAGAAAUCUGAGUUCUUUAUCACCCAUCACACCAUCUAGCUCAAGAGGACCUGUUUCACCAGAACCAAUAGAAGUGUCAAUACACUUAGCAGACAUAUUGAAUGAUUGCAAAAAAUCAAGUAUUGUAACUCAAUACUAUGAGCGGCAUUCUAAAUUACUGGGAGAACACAGAUCUAUAUUGAUAAGCAUAAUAUGCUGUUAUUUUCAAGAAAAUAGCCUUCAUAUGUCCAUAAAAACCAGUUAUAGACUAGAAAAUGAAAUUCUUAAUCGUUUUCCUGGAGAAAAACUGGAAUAUUAUCGUGUGGGAAGACGGGGGAAAAUAUAUGCGAAAGCUUGUAACGACAAAAGGAGUUAUCGGACGCUUCUCAAACGGACAUUACCUUUAGAUACGGAUGCGUCUGACAGCACUGAUGUUGAACCAUUAAACCCACGUAAUAAACAGUUCUCCCCAGAAACUGAUGCAGAGGAGUGCAUACGAAGCUUAAAGUAUGACAACUUAUCAGUUACGGAAUUUGACAGCUGUUGGCAAGCAUGCAGUCAAUAUAGGAUGCAAAACGUGCAGCAAGCUAGUUCACUGGAUGAUAUUUUUGCAAAAUGGCCUGAGUAUAAGACCCCAACUGGUUUUCGAUUGAUUGACAAGGAUUUUGCAACAAUUUAUGGAAGUCGUCCAGGUAUACUUGCUAGAUGGCCGGAACAAGCCAGUUCAUUAAUGAAUUUCCUCUUCAAGCAAACUCAAUCGAGAGAUAAGAAAAUGAGAACAAUGUUGGAAUCUAUAAAUCAAGAAGAUGUUAACAGUGAUGCAACAGCAGUCAAAUUGUUAUGGUGCCUCCACUUUUUUCUCUUUCCUACCCAAAAAUCUGUGAAAAAAGACAACUGUGGAAAGAAGAGUGUGGUCAAAUUCACAGUCUCAAGUUCACAGCAGGCAUUCCUAUUUAUGGGUAAAUCCAUUCAGGAGAUUGAAGACCACAUAUCUUUUUUGAAGAGUAAAGGUGAAAGCAUUCAGCCAUUUAUGCUUGGUAUAGGUGACAGUGACUUGGAAAAUAUAUUAAACUUUUAUGUAUAUGUAGAUGGAGUUAAGUUUCUUUUCAACUGCUUUUUAAGAGCAGUUGAUAUUUGUUUUAAGACCUAUCAUUUGUUUAAUUUAGAAUAUCCUCCUGCUUGCACUCAAUUUUGGGCUUUUAUAGAAAAUCAUUUUUAUGAUAUGAAAAUUACAAAACAUAUAUCAUCUAAAAUGUUUGUACUUUCAAACCAAUUGAAGAGUCCUUCAUCUUAA